GAGAUAAUUAAAAUGAGUGUGACAUUACACACAGAUGUUGGCGACAUAAAGAUCGAACUUUUCUGUGAUGAUUGUCCCAAAACCUGCAAAAACUUUUUAGCACUAUGCGCCAGCGAUUACUACAAUGGUAGUUUGUUCCAUAGAAACAUUAAAGGCUUCAUUGUUCAGACUGGCGAUCCGACUGGAACGGGAAAAGGCGGUCAAUCGAUAUGGGGCAGGAAGUUUGAGGAUGAGUUCAAAGAAAGUAUAAAACACAACGACCGUGGCAUGGUAUCGAUGGCCAACAGUGGCCCGAACACCAAUGGAAGCCAGUUUUUCUUCUCCUACGCACCUCAGCCAGCGCUGGACCUCAAAUACACACUAUUCGGAAAAGUUAUUGAUGGAUUCGAAGCGUUGGAUGAACUGGAAAAACUCACCGUGAAUCCCAAAACAUAUCGACCAAUAGUGGAGAAAAAAAUCAACAGUAUUACUAUCCAUGCGAAUCCGCUAGCAGGAUAAUUCUGAUUGUUUCAUUUCGGUUCACAAUACAAUG